CAAAUCAAACAAACAAAAUGUUGAAAGUUUUCCGAAGUAUAAUAAUGGGUUCUCCCGGUUCGGGAAAGGGAACAAUCAGUACACGAAUUAUACGUGACUUUCCAUUAGCCUAUCUAUCGAUUGGCGAUCUAUUGCGUGAACACAUGUCUAAGCGCACUGAAGUUGGUUUGGAGGCCCAAAACUAUAUCAAAAACGGCAAACUAGUACCCGAUGUUGUGGUCAAUAAGCUGGUCAUUGGCGAACUUAGCGAGAAUUAUCAGACUAAAUCAUUUUUGAUGGACGGCUAUCCGCGUACCGUAGCUCAAGCCCAGCAACUUUGGUCGUACGAUACGCUUAGACCUAACUGUGCAAUCAAUCUGUGCGUUCCCGACGACGAAAUCAUUGAACGAAUAAAACAUCGUUGGAUUCAUUUGGCUUCCGGUCGUACAUAUCAUACGCUAUACAAUCCACCGAAAACUCCAGGAGUCGAUGACAUUACCGGCGAACCAUUGAUACAGAGAGAGGACGAUAAGGAACACGUAGUGAUGCAGAGGCUGUUGGAGUACAAGAAACAGUCGGAAGUGAUCAUYGAAUUCUUCAGACAAAAAGGCAUUUUAGAGAACUGUGGCCGAGAGUCAAAUGAAAUCUAUCCUAAAGUAGAACUAUAUUUAAGUCAACAAAUAUCUCAUCGAUCGGCAAAGUAAUCAACAAAAUGACCAAAUAAUGGCAAACAGAUAAAUCAU